AAAUAAUUUGAGCUCUAGCUCUAGUCCACACACUCAAGAUGGCGAUGCACGUACCCAAAUCGUACUUUCAGAACAUGAUGAAAGAAGGGACCAAGCAUCUCUCUGGAAUGCACGAGGCUGUUUUCUCAAAUCUUGAGGCCUGUACAGAGCUCUACAAGACAAUCAAGACCUGUUACGGACCAAAGGGGCUCAACAAGAUGGUUAUCAACCAUCUGAGCAAGUUGUUUGUUACAAACGAUGCAGCAACUAUCAUAAAGGAACUGGAAGUGCAGCACCCUGCUGCUAAAAUGAUUGUGCAGGCUUCACAACAGCAGGAAGCAGAAUGUGGUGACGGAACCAACUUUGUUAUGAUCCUUGCUGGUUCUCUGUUGGAGAAAGCGAUUGAUCUGUUGGAAUGUGGAUUGUCGCCCAGCGAAGUGAUCAAAGGCUACGAGAUGGCAGCAGAGCAGUGCCUGAUUAUCCUAGAAACCCUGGUAUGCCACACAGUGAAGGAUGUAAAGAACAAGGAAGCUGUUAUCCCCAUUGUCAAAACCGCUGUCGGCAGCAAGCAGGACGGUUAUGAAGAUUUCCUCGCUGAGCUUAUCUCUGAUGCUUGUAGUAAGAUAAUGCCAACACAGAGGACAUUCAACGUUGAUCACGUGAGAUCGUGCAAGAUUCUGGGAUCUGGAGUGUUAUCCUCAACAUGUCUGCAAGGCAUGAUCUUCAAACGCAACGUUGAAAGUGACAUCACCUCCGUAAAAGGCGCUAAAAUCGCAGUGUACUCCUGUCCGUUUGAUAUCGGUACCACUGAAACCAAAGGAACAGUCCUGAUCAAGACAGCUGAGGAACUGAAGAACUUUAGUGUGGACGAGGAGAAACUGAUAGAGAACUCAGUUAAAGCCCUUGCAGAUCUGGGGAUCACGUGCGUGGUAAGCGGUGGUAAAGUGGGCGAUAUGAUGCUCCACUUCGCUAACAAGUUCGGUAUCAUGGUCGUCAGACUCAUGUCCAAGUGGGACCUGAGGAGAUUGUGUAAGAGCAUCAACGCUACCGCUCUCCCUAACAUGACCCCUCCCACUAACGAAGAGAUUGGGUUCUGCAGCAUGGUCGCGCUCGAGGAGGUCGGAGAUACUGUUGUAGUAUCUUUCAGACAAGAUCGAGAAGAAUCAGCCAUGUCCACCAUCAUCAUCCGAGGAAGCACAGAUAACAUCAUGGACGAUAUCGAGCGAGCAAUAGAUGACGGUGUGAACAGCGUGAAGGUGUUGACACGUGAUCAGCGCUGUCUCCCUGGCGCUGGCGCAACUGAGAUCGAGCUCGCCAAACAGCUUAUGACUUUCGGUGAACAGACCCCCGGUAUGGAGCAGUACGCAAUCAAGAAGUUUGCUGAAGCUUUCGAAGUAUUCCCCAAAAUCCUCGCAGAGAACACAGGACUCAGAGGUAACGAGGUACUUGCUAACAUGUACAACGCUCAUCAGGACAAGGUGUCUGGCAUGAACGCCGGCAUCAACCUCGAGUCCGAUCACUGCGAAGUAAUGGAUGUUGUCGAGAGGAAAGUAUUCGACAUUUACCUCACAAAGCACUGGGGUAUCAAGUUUGCAGUGAACGCAGCUUGCACAGUGUUAGUUGUGGAUCAGAUAAUCAUGGCUAAACAAGCCGGCGGACCUAAACCUCGCAAAGGACAGGCAGACCCUGACGACGAAUAGAGCGCUGGAGUUGAAGGACGUUUAUCUGAUUUUGUAUUUGUAUAAUAUAAUGAGCUCAUAUUUAUUUUUAUUUUGUAUCUAAGAUGAUGCCAUUCUACUUCACUGAGUAUUGUCUCUUAUUGCUAUUUUAAUUAACAAAGGGUGAACCAGAUUUAACAAUAUGUCAGGCUUACAGGACCACAAAGAUUUCUAAUAUUAUCCUCAGUAUUAUCAGUAAUGUCUGUCUGAAUGUUGUGACAUGUUGUUAAUUCUGGGCUAACCUGCAUCUUGAAAUUCCAAACAAUUCGUCAGUCUACUGCACUGAUCGUUAUUCCUACUUGAAAUUAUUCAUGAAUAUACAUAUUUAUUCUGAUUUGCUGUUACCAAUGCUAACUUUAUCUUAUUAUAGCUACUCAACAACAUGCAAGGCGGACAAAUCGCAUUUGACGAAUAUGGUCAACCCUUCAUCAUCCUCAAGGACCAAAGUACAAAGUCCCGUAUGUCCGGACUUGACGCUCAAAAGUCCCACAUCAUGGCCGCCAGAUCAGUUGCUCAGUGUCUGCGCUCCUCUCUUGGACCCAAAGGUCUGGACAAGAUUCUAGUGUCAUCAGAUGGAGACAUCACCGUCACCAACGACGGAGCUACAAUCCUGGAGAAGAUGGAUGUGGAACAUCAGAUCGCUAAACUCAUGGUACAGUUGUCUAAAUCUCAAGAUGAUGAGAUUGGAGAUGGUACUACGGGAGUAGUAGUGUUGGCUGGUGCACUCCUGGAGCAGGCAGAGAUCCUACUGGAGCGAGGAAUACAUCCUAUCAGAGUUGCUGACGGUUACGAGAAUGCUGCACAGAUUGCUAUUGAGCACAUGAAUACCAUUACAGACACAUUCAUAGUAGAUAAAGAUAACAAGGAGCCACUUGUCAAGACCGCCAUGACCACACUCGGAUCCAAGAUUGUGAACAGAUGUGGAAGGAAGUUCGCUGAGAUGGCUGUUGAUGCUAUCCUCUCUGUUGCAGAUCUGGAGAGAAAAGACGUGUCAUUUGACUUGAUUAAGAUCGAAUGUAAGACUGGCGGUAAGUUGGAGGAUUCUCAGUUGGUUAAAGGAGUCAUUAUUGACAAGACCAUGAGUCACAGCCAGAUGCCAAAGGAGUUGAACGAUGUCAAGAUGGCUAUCCUAACCUGUGCCUUCGAGCCCCCAAAGCCCAAAACCAAGCACAACCUGAACGUAGGCUCAGUAGAAGAUUACAACAAACUUCACGCGUACGAAAAGGAGCAGUUUAUUGACAUGAUUAAGAAGAUUAAAGAUAGCGGAGCUAACCUUGCUAUCUGCCAGUGGGGAUUUGAUGACGAAGCAAACCAUCUGUGUCUACAGAACGAGCUACCCGCAGUACGUUGGGUGGGAGGUCCUGAGAUAGAACUCAUUGCUAUUGCAACCGGCGGACGUAUUGUACCAAGAUUCAGUGAGCUGACACCUGAUAAACUGGGCUAUGCUGGAAAAGUAAGAGAGAUCGAGUUCGGAACUACCAAAGACAGAAUGAUGGUGAUAGAAGAUUGCAAGAACACCCGAGCAGUUACCCUCUUCCUGAGAGGCUCCAACACCAUGAUAGUCCAGGAAGCUAAGCGCAGUAUUUGGGAUGCUAUGUGUGUAAUCAGAAAUCUGGUGCGUGAUAACCGUAUCGUAUAUGGAGGUGGUUCCAAUGAAAUCUCCUGUGCUAUUGCUGUCAGUGCUGCCGCCGACAAGGUUCCCAGUAUUGAGCAGUACGCUAUGAGAGCGUUUGCAGAUGCUCUGGAAUCAGUUCCCAUGGCCCUUGCAGAGAACUCAGGAUUAGCUCCUUUCGCUACACUCGCUGAAGUAAAAUCUCGACAGAUCAAAGAAGAUAAUCCUCGUCUUGGUAUCGACUGCAUGGACGCCGGAGAGAAUGACAUGAAGGUGCAGCAUGUCAUUGAGACUCUGAUCGGUAAGAAGCAACAGAUAAUGUUAGCCACACAGCUUGUAAGAAUGAUUCUCAAGAUCGACGAUGUACGGAGUCCUGGAGAGGGAGAAUAAGAGCCUGCUUUUUUAACAAGGACUCGUUGAGAUUUACUUGCAGUUUGUGUAUAUAUUUAUCUCGUUAUAUUUGAUAAUAUUUUUAUAUCAUUUGCCUAUCUUCA